UGAAUGUAAGCACGUUUUUUUUAUAUUUUAUUCUGUAAAAUACAUACUUCUAGUCUCAAGGGGACGCCCUUAAUGUUUUAAUUGAUGUUUUUCAUUACACCCCGGGUAUUAGAGAGUAGACACUAUUUAUAGUUUCCGCAGCAUACUAAUCAAAAUCAUGGCUGAACCUUUAAGAGUUUGUGUAACUGGUGCAGCAGGGCAAAUUGCUUAUUCACUUCUCUACUCGCUUGCUAAUGGAGAUGUUUUUGGUAAAACACAGCCAAUCACCUUACUUCUUUUGGAUAUUCCUCCCAUGAUGCAGUGUGUUGAAGGAGUGGUGUUAGAGUUGCAAGAUUGCUCUCUUCCACUUUUACAUGAUGCUAUUGCUACUUCUGACCCCAAUGUUGCAUUUGAAAACAUUGAUGUGGCUCUUCUUGUUGGAGCAAUGCCUAGAAAAGAAGGUAUGGAAAGAAGCGAUCUGCUAAAGGCUAAUGCAAAGAUUUUUGAGACUCAAGGAAAAGCAUUGGAUACUUAUGCAAAGAAAACUGUCAAGGUUCUUGUAGUUGGUAACCCAGCUAAUACUAAUUGUCUGAUUGCUCAACGAUGUGCUCCAUCGAUUCCCAAAGAAAACUUUUCUUGUUUAACCAGACUUGAUCAAAAUCGUGCAGUGUCACAGGUUGCUAUGAGAUUAGGUGUAAAAACAAACGUUGUUAAGAAAGUCAUUAUAUGGGGUAACCAUUCUUCAACCCAGUACCCAGACGUCAAUCAUGCUACUGUUGAAAUAAAUGGUCAUAUAAACCCUGUAAAAGAGGCUGUUAAAGAUGACCAUUGGCUUGAAGGAGAUUUUCUGAAAGUUGUACAAACUCGAGGAGCUGCCAUUAUUAAAGCUCGCAAACUUUCUAGUGCAAUGUCUGCUGCCAAAGCAAUUUGUGAUCACAUGAAAACAUGGUGGUUUGGAACAGCUGAUGAUGAUUAUUGUAGCAUGGGUGUUGUUUCGGAUGGUUCUUAUGGUAUACCUGAAGGAAUUGUUUACUCUUUUCCACUCACUAUUGAUAGCACUCAUACUUACAAAAUUGUUCAGGGUUUGGAAAUAAAUGAGUUUUCUCGUGAAAAGAUGGAUGCUUCUGCAGUUGAACUUUGCCAAGAACGUGAUGAUGCAUUUUCCUUUAUUCAAAUCCAGUGACUUGUUAGUAAGUUGUGAUGAUCUAAGUAUAAUCCAGUGACUUGUUAGUAAGUUGUGAUGAUCUAAGUAUCUUCAACAGAGUUUAAUAAUCUUAAGAAUAAUAUUAAAUAUUUGGAAA